AUGUCGUUUUUAAAAAAGAAAGGCGAAACCUUGCUGCGGCAAUUAAGUUUAACACCAUCUAAUUCAGAGGAACUCAGCGCCAUGGAUCACGCUGAGCUAUCAGUGAGAUUGGAGCAGCUGGAUCGCAUUCAGGAUAAGUUCGAAUCAACACAAUCUCAACUGGAGGAAGAAGACCCCAACGAGCUGGAAACCAGCACUCGUAAUGAAUUCGCUGCCACUUUCAUACGAGCAAAGGAAGCACUUACAAGGGAGUUGAAUAAGAUGGACCCCCAGUUUAUGUCUUCGACGAGGAAUCCACCGCCUCAAGAGCAGUCAUCUGUGAUUGUGGUGAAGCAACCAAAGUCGCGCCUACCGAAACUACAAUUGCCAUCAUUUGUAGGGGCAUACACAGAGUGGCCAAACUUUUUGGGCAUGUUUCAAACGGUUGUUCACAAUGACACCGAGCUGUCAAACCUGGAAAAGUUCCAGCACCUCCGUUCAUGCCUGAAAGGCGCAGCAAUGGACACCAUCCAGUCGCUUGAAAUUCGUGAUGAAAAUUACAUAAUUGCAUUCGAUUUACUCGUUCAAAGGCACACAUUCAAGAACUAUUCGGAUUGCAGAGGGUGA